ACGGGGCUGGGCUGAUUCACCUGCUGGGCGGUGCGCGGGGGUGGGGGAGGUGCCCGCCGGGAGGGAACGGCGGGUGUCGCUUGGCCGCCGGUCGCGCCGCGCCAUGGAGCCGUGGCCGCCGCUGCUGGUGUCCGUCGUGCUGCUCUGCUCUGCAGGUCUAACAAGAAGCCUAGAUAUAACUUCAAAUCAAUCAAUGUUUGAAAAAGCACAAGGAGAGAAAGUGACGUUGCCAUGUACUUUUGUACUCUCAAAAGAAGAUGAAGGCCCACUAGAUAUUGAGUGGGUAUUGAUACCAGCAGAUAAUCAAAAGAAGGAAGAAAUAAUAAUUAUGUAUGCUGUAGACAGGAUUUAUAAUCAUUAUUAUGCUGCUAUGACUGGGCGGAUGCAGUUUACUAAUCCUGAUCCCAAAUCUGGUGAUGGUUCAUUGGAUAUCCUGAACUUAAAGUCAACAGACACUGGCACGUACCAGUGCAAAGUGAAGAAGGCUCCUGGAGUUCAAAGCAAAAAAAUACACUUGACUGUACUCGUAAAGCCAGCAAGAACUAAGUGUUCCAUUGAAGGACCACAGGAGAUUGGAAGAGAUGUUGUCUUGAAAUGCGCAUCACAAGAAGGAUCCCCGCUUUUGUCUUAUGACUGGAGAAGAGUAUCUAGCACCCGGGAACUUCCUGCCACUUCCAUUCUGAAUAAAAAUACAGGAGAACUUCUGCUGAAAAAUGCCUCUCAAGACAAUUCUGGUACAUACACUUGCGUUGCCUCAAACAGAGUUGGCACGGAUGAAUGUUCUGUUGAGCUGAAUGUCACCCCUCCUAUGAAUACAGCUGGUAUAAUUGCUGGAGCUAUUACAGGAACUCUGUUGGGUCUUUUUGUACUGGCUUUUCUCGUCUUCCAUUGCUGUAAGAAACACAGAGAAAAGAAAUAUGAGAAAGAAGUACAUCAUGAAAUCAGAGAAGAUGUUCCACCUCCAAAAAGUCGCAGUUCAACAGCCCGCAGCUACAUAGGCAGCAAUCGUUCUUCUCUGGGUUCGAUGUCUCCCUCAAAUAUGGAAGGAUAUACUAAAACUCCAUAUAGCCAAGUCCCAAGCGAAGACUUUGAACGUACUCCUGCUCAAAACCCAACCUUUGCACCUCCAAAGGUAGCUGCACCUAAUUUAAGUAGAAUGGGAGCUGUUCCUGUGAUGAUUCCAGCACAAAGCAAAGAUGGGUCCAUAGUAUAAAAUAUUAUUAAUUUAAAUGCGUUUUUUAAAGUGUUCAUUGUAAGUAUUAGAGAGAUCUACGGUGUUCCAUUCCUCGUUUAAACAAUGGCAUGCAAUUUUCCUUGAAAAAAAUGAACAAGUUAGUUUGAAAAGCCACCAAUUCUCAUUUUUAAUUUUAAACUUACUAACAUAUGCCAUUUGAACUGUUUGCUAAAAUCAUUGAAGUUGUUAAAUAAAUAUCAGACACUAAAGGUAUUUGGACCUUUGGUAGGUUGCUGAAGAGACGUUGUCAGCUAUUGUGCAGUUCUGAAUAUGUAACAGUGAGACACAAGUGAGAAGUAACAAAGCAUUUCAUGUGUAGAGCACGAAGUUUCUCAGAGUUGCUGAAACUUUGUCCUCAGUUUUAGAAUAACAGAUGUUUUAAUUUGGCCACUCUCUGAUGAACUUGCAGGAGGCUGAAAUAUUGAGGAUGACUUUGAAUUCUGUUGAGACUCAGAGUACUUAUUCAGUUCUUUAACCUGGUAAUGUUUGUUUGGACCACUUCUUGAGCUCUUAUUUCAGGGCUACCAGUUAUUUGAUUGGUUCAAUGAAUUUCAUGAGUUUAUGCUGAAUUUAAAACUUCAGUGAGUAGAACUGUGACUGGAGACCUUGCAAGCUCUUUAAAACAUGAUUUUUUCUGAAAUAACUAGUUCUGGUCGUGUCAGGUAAUUUAAUACUUAGGUUAUCUGAUGUAAGAGGUCCUGUAAGGUUGUUGGUAGUGGUAUCGAGGCUUCAAAAUCUAUAGAUCAACUGUUACUGUCACAGUGAGAAUGAAUAUGUAUCUCUGUACAGGUCCUAAGUUAACUGUACCUUGCGUUUUCCAAAGCCUGUUUAGAUUCUAAAACAGUGCUCUUUCCAAGCUCCGUGGCAUUUUAAUGAAAACUGUUAAAUAACUGGUAUUUGGCAUCUGUCCUCUUGCUCUAACAUCACCUUGGAAAUGUCAUUUCCCAUAUACAUGUAAGCAGUAGGCAGCCUUUACUAAGAUGCUAACAUCUUUCUGUAUGGCUUUGUAAGGAGUUUAAAGCUCAUUUCUCACCUCUUCCAUAGCCCUAAAUAUUCUUAUUAACAGACACUUAGACUUUUAAGAGUAAGAGUUUAAUGCAACCAGAAUCUGAGAAGAAAUAGUUAUUCAGAAUUGUUGAUACAAAUCUCACGUUUCAGGAUUAAAAACUCCUUCUUCUCAGUUUUGCAAACUUAACAAACGUGUCACAGAAGGAACAGAAUGAUUCUUCAUCUUAACUUUCAGAUGUACUUAAGGACUUUUGAUAGCUUUUGAUGGCUGAUAUUAUAUACCUGUAGAAGCAGGAUAUAAAGCUUAGUGCAGUUUGAAUCUUUGUGGAUUUUCUUCUUCCUUCCUAUUUUUUACUUUCUUUCCUCUCCUGUGCUGGUGGAUGAGAGGGGAGAAGAGUCCCUUCAGCUUUUUCUAGCUGUAGAUUGUAAACUGCAAGGUAUUUUGGAAAGCUCUAAAGGCAUAUAGUAUGUGGCACUGAUGUUGAUGAAGGAAAUACCUGAGUAGCCUGUUGAAAGAUGUUAGGAUUAUUUCCAUGUAGCAACAGUGCAAGAGAAAAUAUUUCCCCAAACUUCUAGGUUUAGUGUCUGCUUUUUUGUAGCUGCUUAUAGAUCUGUGAUAAAUCCUUUGGCUUACUACUAAAUGUUUGUCCUAUCUAUAGUUAGGUGCACAAUUUUUGGCUGGCACUAGUAAUGUAAAGAACAUACCCUUCAUACUGAAUUUAGAAACUUGAAUGGCUAUUAAGUAUUCUAGAUUUAGUUUUACACAUUUGGGACAUUUUUAGAUUGUAAACUGAUACUGUUAGAGAUCAGGUUUUUUUAUCUUUCAUGUGUGCCUUUUCAAUAAACUUUGCCUGAUUGUAACUUCAGUUUUUAUGAAAUUUCUGGUGCCUAAAUUCACUGUUUAAACAGGUGCUUAGAUGAUGGUACAGUUCUUAAAACAUGACACUGUGAUCUGAUUUCUUGAUUCUAAUGUACUAUUUAUACCUCUUCAUGCCUAUUUUUGGAUGUGACUUCAGUGGCUCUCUCUGUAUUGUUCUGUAUUUCAAAAUGUCAGUUACUCCUUCAAUUGCUGAUUACUAUUUAAGUGUUUAUAUUCCUGAAAACUGUUCAGUUGUUGUACCAGUGAGGUGGAUGAUUGACUUGUGUGGUAAAUACUAGGUUUAGUAACUGUGCCAAACAUAUGCUUAUGAAGAACAAUAGAUGAGGAGACAUCUUCUUGCAUCCAAUUAUUGUGAUAGAAGAGACUUCUGAGGUUUUAAUCACACGCUGAUUGUUUACCUUAAAACAAAGGCCUUCCUUAAUUAAAAGGGUAUAGUUGUUAUAAAUACAAGUUGAGUCCAAAACUAAACUGAAUCACAGACUGAGAGAUAGCUAUAAACCUAAGCAAUCAGGCAACAAACCUACUGAAUUUGGUUCUUAGCCAUCUGUGGACAUACGGGAGAUUAGAUGUGAGGUUUGUUUUUUGUUUGUUUGCUUGCCUUUUUGUUGCUGCUGUUUUGUUUUGGUCUUUAUUGUAGUUUUGGUUUUUGUUAUUGUUGUGGGGCUUUUUUUGUUUGGCCUGAGACCCUGUGCUUUCAGUCGGGUAAGCCCUGAGACACUCAAGAACAGAAACUUAUCUCACUAAAGCACACAGAGCAGAGUUUACACAUGCUUAAUGCUCUGUCAGCUUCUACAAAAUAAUAAAUGGACAGAACAGAAGGACAAUGUGAUGUGCCCUCAGAGCCUAGCUGUUAGGCUUAGCAGCCUUGACAGUGUCUGUCUAUUUAUGCAAUUGCAUGGAAAAAGAAAAGAAAUAGAAUCUGACAUAGUCCUUAUCUGAAAUAAAGAACUUCCGACUUGGGGUAAACUUUGCCUCAAGUUGGUGUCACCAUGCCUUUCUGAAUGGAAACAACACUACUAUGAAAACAUAAUACUGCAAUUAUAUGUUAUUUAUUUAGUCAAUAGAUUGUUCACUUACACUGGAUUAUGAUUCUCAAAAGCAGCUACUAUAGUUUCACAAUGAUUUCUAGCUGUGUAGGAGAUGAACUGGUUAAACACGUGAGGUGUCCAAUCUUACAGAUAACUCUGCUGACUGAAGUCUUCUAGAAAGUAAUGGCAGCUGAUACACCAGUUAGAAGGUGGCAUUUUUAAUGUCUCAUUUUACUAAAGGAAAAAGGGGUGGGGGGGGACAGUCUACCAUUAUGUAAAUAAGUGAAUUCAAGAAACCUCUAGUUAAUGUCAUGACUGUAAACUUGCCUGUUCAGGACUACUAUAUAUAGAAGAGAAACCUCAGUUUUAGCAUGGUGUGACUAAAGUGUUUAGACUUGUAAUACUGUAGAGGUUACGUAACACUUGUCCAUACGUUACAAGCAUUUUCAUAAACUUUCUGAAAUGGAUAUUUAAAUAUAUUUGUGUGAAACUUCCUUACCUAAAAUCGAAUACUUCUUCCAAAACUGUGUAGUGCACAGAAAUGCCUUUUUGGAGGGGUAAAAUGUGACUUUUGAAAGAAAUGUACAACGCAUACAUCUUUAUUGACUCUGAUAGUUGCAUUCAUGUUAGAUGUAUGCUUCCUGCUUAAUAGUACAAGUAAGACUGCUUAAUUGCAAGCUUUUCGGUAAUGCUGAAUAUUGUAUAUUACUGGUUUCCAUGAUAGGUUUUUGGUUUUGUUCUUAACAGUGUAUAUUCUGAAUCACUUUAGUUCUUUGUUCCAGUCUAAAGACAUGAUGCUAUUUGUGUCACUUAAACCUUGUUUUAUACACUUGAUAGGUGCUUUAUGGGACCCUUUGGUUAUUGGUCCUCUAGUAUUGAGGCGCAGCUCAAUUGAAAUUGGAGCAAUAAUAUUACCUGGAAUCUAAAAUGUUAUGUUACGUUACGCUUCUCAUGCACAAAGCAUGGACUUGAAUAUUGAUAUGAAUUUCAGUAUGAGGUUUUAUAUUCCUACUUUUGGGGGAAUGGUAUUUUAAAAUGCAAGUAUUGUGAGUGAAUUUGUAAAAACAAAAUUCAAAACUUUAAAAUUAUGUAGUUCCAUGACAGACUUGUGUACUUUUUGAAAUAAAACUGUUGGAGAAAACAGUAGUCUGUCUUUAUUUUAAGGCAGCACUUGUGUAUGGCUUCAGCUUUUUCUUUAUGUAAUUGGAAGUGAACUAAUAAAUAUGGCUGUGUAUACCA